AUGAACAAAGUCGCCCUGUUGACCUCGUCCAAACACGAGCCGGGCGUAACCAUCCGCCAAAGUUCAGACCUCAUUGCCGUCUUCGGGCCUACCUUCGAUAUCGCGGUCCGUUUCCAAGGAUUGGUGGCCUUGGUGUCGUCGCUCCUCUUCCUCUACACCCAUCUUCUCGCCACCUCAGCCCUCACGUCGGCAGUCGUCGCAACACGACUCUUUGCCGUUCAUUCGCUGUCUGCCCUCAAGAAGACGACGACGGCAGUCCGCAGGUCCCUGGGACAUGUGUGGGACUCCAAACGAAUCCAGAAAUUGAGGAAGAAGUUGUUCAUGGAGUUUGCAACAACGAUAUUGGGUCCGGGAGGUAACAUGCUGAUCGUCAUGGUCUUCUGGCCGGGAUGGUUGUUAAUCCUGGGCCUCAUCUUGACUCUUCGCACGCUGGCGGGAUGA